UAAUAGCUGAGGGUUUUUUUUAAAAAAAAUCGUUAAUUUCUCGUCGUUCGUGUGUUUGCCGGUGUGUGGCUGCCAUGGCGUUGGAGACGGUGCCGAAGGACCUGCAGCACUUGCGGGCCUGCUUGCUUUGUUCUCUGGUCAAGACCAUUGACCAGUUUGAGUUUGAUGGCUGUGACAACUGCGACUCUUACCUACAGAUGAAAGGGAACCGUGAGAUGGUUUACGACUGCACCAGCUCAUCCUUUGAUGGCAUCAUUGCAAUGAUGAGCCCUGAAGACAGCUGGGUCUCCAAGUGGCAGCGAAUCAGUAACUUCAAGCCAGGUGUCUAUGCAGUGUCCGUGACUGGCCGUCUGCCCCAAGGGAUUGUGCGAGAGCUGAAGAGCCGCGGGGUGGCCUACAAGUCUCGCGACACAGCCAUAAAGACCUAAGGAAGUCUCUUGCUCCUCACAUCCUCCACUUCACAGAUGCCCGUUUCUGUAGAGACUGCUGUAUAGAGCUGCCCCCGAUGUUACAGAGGGGAACAGGGAUCUCCUUGUGAAUGGGACCCGGCACGAAGGGCAGCUUUAUCCCAGCCUUGGCAGCUGAGCUGGACAAGAAUUUCCUUGAGCGUCUGUAAGCAAGAGCAGCUCCCAAGGGAAUGGACGGGGUGCCAUUUUUGUAAAUACCUUGAAUAAAUUGUGUUACAGGAUCAGAAA